GUACACAUUUAUCUGUCCAUUUAUUCACAAACGAACCAGGAAAUUCAGUCUGUGAAAUUUCUCAGGGAAACAUGCUCCUCGGUUUAGUGUUCAGUUUCUGGAUUUUCCUACUCCAGUCUGUUUUGGCACUUGAAAAUCAAAUCUACUUUUUAAAUAACUCUGGCAUCUUCAUAUUCAAUAUGUCCGAUAAUGUUGGAAAUGGCCCUGUCAUCUGGGAAUGGAAGCCACAUUCUGGGGAACAAAUUACAAAGCAGUUGGGUAUUUUUCACAGAGAUGGCACAGGAUGGAAGGUGCAAUGGAACAAGGAGUGUAAUGAUAUACAAAGCAUUUACAGCAAGAUAGAUCAGAUUAACAGUACCCUCAAUCUGAGGAUUACAAGACCUGGAUUUGAGCUCGCAGGAUUGUUUAGCUGCCAACAAGAAAAUCCCAGUACCACAAUCCUGGCACAAUAUGAAAUGUUUGGCAUUAAAGUUGAGACAGAUACGCAGAACCCUGAAAUGGGCAGUGACAUCACACUGAGUUGCACCAUCUCCAGACUCUUGGAUACAGUCAGUCUUCACUGGAAACAGACAGUCCUUUUUCUGAAAAAUGGGAGGGACAAAAUCCAUCUGAAUAAUACAGUCUAUCUGAUAGUUAGAAGUAUUAGAGGAGUGGAUUUUAAUCUCUAUACAUGUGAAGUACAGAAAAAUGGGACCGCCAUAAUUACUGAGAAUAUAUAUGUGAAUCAAGUCAAAUAUGAUUUUCGUGAUGUUGAGUACACAUGUUAUCGGUCAAGUACAGUUCACAGUGAAUUUCACCUGGUUAGUAAUACCUUCUUUAGGACAUUCCAUGAUUUUACCUGGACUUGGAAGUCAGAUCGUUAUCCAAAUCAAGAUGAGCAGAUUGCUUCCUUUCCUCCAUUACAUUUGAAAAAGACAUAUUUUGGGAGUCGAAUAAUUACCUCUUCGUGGUACUACAUGACUUCUAUACAGAUUACCCCAGUGCUGUUUGGUGAUGCAGGAGUUUACACAUUAACUGCUGAUUCAGCAAAGCGUAAGACCAUUAAACUCAUCAUAGUUAAAGUCACAGCGGAACCCUCUGAUGCAGAGACUGAGGAAGACUCUGUUACCCUGACCUGCUCUGUCUCCGAUGUCACUGAAUCAAUCAGACUUGUUUGGAUCAAUAGUGAUGGUAAAGUUGUGGCAGAGAAAACAGUGACUGGUCAUAAUGAAAAAGAGAAAUCCCUACGUCUGAUUAUUCAGAAAGCUGACAGAGCCAAAGGGAACUGGACAUGUGUUUUAUUGCAUCAGAACAGUCCCAAAGUUAUAAUCCCAUAUUAUCUGGAAAUUACAAGAAAUACAGUUUUUUUUUCAGAAAAUUCCAACAGCUUAGUAUUAAAUGGUCCAGAACAUGCUGGAAAUGGUCCUGUCACCUGGGAAUGGAAACCACAUUCUGGGCAACAAUUGACAAAGCAGUUGGGUAUUUUUCACAGCGAUGGUACAAGGUGGAAAGUACAAUGGAGCAAGGAGUACAAUGACACACAAAGCCUACACAACCAGAUAAAUCAGGUUAAUGGUACCCUUAAUCUGAGGAUUACAAGACCUGGAUUUGAGCUCGCAGGAAUGUUCAGCUGUCGACAAGGACAGUCCAGUACCACAAUCCUGAAACAAUAUGAAUUGUUUGGCAUUAAAGUUGGGACCAUUUCAUGGAGGCUUGUAGCGGGCAGCGACAUCACCCUCAAUUGCACCAUCUCCAGAUUCUCAGAUACAUUGAGUCUCCACUGGAAACAAAGAGAUCCAUUUUGGCAUAACAGGGGGAACAACACUGAUGAGAUUCGACUGAAUGACAGUGUCUAUCUGAUCAUCAGAAAUAUUGAAAGAAAUUCAUUCACAUGUGAAGUGCAGGAAAAUGAUGCUACUGUAAUUACUGCGGCCAUACAUCUGUAUCCAGGAAGGUAUUAUCAUGCUUCAAUUAUUGACACACGUUAUCGAUCAAGUACAAGUUACAGUGAAUUUCAUCUGGUUUCUGAUAUAAUUUUUUGGAGAUACCAUCAUUUUGCCUGGGUUUGGAUGUCACAUCAUUAUCCAAAUCAAGACAGACAGAUUGCUUCCUUUAAUACAUCACACCAUGCCAAUUUAAACAGGACAUACUUUGGGAACCGAAUCACGAUUCAACACUACUUUUGGAGGCAUGACUCCAUUUCUGUGCAGAUUGCCCCCGUGCUGUUUGAUGAUGCAGGAGUUUAUGCAUUCAUUGUUGAUUCAGUAAACCAUGUGACCAUUACACUAAUCACAGUUAAAGUCACAGCGGAACCCUCUGAUGCAGUGACUGAGGGAGACUCCGUUACCCUGACCUGCUCUGUCUCUAAUGUCACUGAAGCAAUCAGACUUGCUUGGAUCAAUAGCGACGGAAAAUCUGUUUUGGAGAAAACAUUGACUGGACAAAAUGGGGAAGAGAAAUCUCUGAGUCUGAUUAUUCAGAAAGCUGACAGAUGUAAAUGGCACUGGAUGUGUGUUUUGUUUGAUCAAAACAACCCCAGAGUUUCAAUCCCAUAUAAUCUAGAAAUCACGAGAAAAUCAAGCAUGGACACUUGGAUCUUGGCAUUUUCAGGAUACUUGCUUGUUAAACUGAUCAUUGCCAUUGGACUAAUUACCUCUUUGAAACGAAAAUCAAGCAGAAAUCUGGAUAAGGCAACAAGAAAUAAAGAAGCUUUCGGAUUACAGACUCUGAACACCGGCCCUGAUUUGUGAUCAUAGAAGGAAUGAUGGAACACAGACGUACCUAUGGCCAAUGAGGCCUUCACUCUUAUGAAACAAAAUAAUCCAAACUUGAAACCUUUCAAAAACAUCUUAAAGAAUUUACAGAUGCUGUACAUCAGAAAAAAAAAUAGUAGUUUCUGGAAAAGCUCAGCAGGUCUGACAGCAUCUGUGACGAGAAAUCAGAGUUAACGUUUCGGAUCCGGUGACUCUUCCUCCGUUUUUGAAAUCUUCCAAGUUAGUUUUAUUCCAGAUAUAUUGUAAUGAUACUUUUAUGUAACUGGACUCAUUUAUUAUGUAAAGUGAGCAUCUCGAUUGUGCCAUUCUCAGUAUCUCCGAUUUUACUUUCCAAAUGCUAACUUUCAAGGUGACUAUAUGAAAUUGCAUUGAAUGAUAGUUGAUGUGGAUGGUGAUCUGAAUUAUUGAUCUCCACUCUUUUCUCAGCUUUAUGCCUCUCAGAACGGAUCAUUGUGAUGUAGAAUUUGACUUAUAUUGGUUUUAGUAUAACUGAUUUCUGAGUUUGUAACUGAAUUUUGAAUGAGUCAUAUGUGCAUCAAGUGGUCGAAUGAUUAACUUGUAGAUAUUUCUGUAACGAUGGUGAUUUGUGUUAUAUCACUGUAUCAGGGGGAGAAUGCUUCCAAGAGCUAAUGGGUUUUUAGUUAUACCAGGACCAUUUUAUAAUGAAACAAAGUAAACAGGUUUCAGAUCCAGGCUCCACAUUUUCUUUUUGUUAAUCCUCAGGGGAAACAUCCAUGGUCUAGUGAGAGACAUUUUACUUUCAGUUUUGGGAUGUUCUGCUGUAGUCUUGGAUUAAGAUGGAUGUGUAAAGCAGUUUCUCCUGAGAAAACGAGAAGAUGAUUCAGUUUGAUUAAAAAUAGAUUAUCUGUCAGUUUUAAAAUCUUUACAUUUGUAUUGUAAGUAAGUUGAUAGGUUUAUUCUAUCUUGUCGUCAUUUUGUUUCAUUCAUUCUUUGGUUAAACACAAAUUUGCAAGAUUGUGUGUUUGUGUUCUAACCUUCUUAAAACCAAGAAGAAACAAAGUAUGAUCUCGAAACGUCAGCUCUUUUCUCUCCUUACAGAUGCUGCCAGACCUGCUGAGAUUUUACAGCAUUUUCCCUUUUGGUAUAAUCUAACAAGCCAGAUUCCAAGCUGGAAACUGUCUUGUCCAGUAAUAACAUUAGGAAUCGUGACAUGGUGAGCCAGUUAGUCAGCUAUGUGUAAAAUUGGAAAGGUUGCAAUAUGGAUUGAUAACUGUGAAUGAUGUCAGCUGGACUGUCUCUGUGGCUGAGUUGAAUGGAACUGAUCUGUUUUAAGAUCUACUUUGAGAAUUUUAAACAGAAUUUCAAUGCCUAGUAUUCAACUUCAAUGAAGACACCAUGUCUCCUGUGCAUGUUCGAAAGCUGUUGACACAACGUGAUAGUGGAAUCUCAAUACAACAUAGUUUCUCACAGAACAACAUAGAGACAGUUUCCCAUAUCCCCAAGAGUGUUAAGUAACAAAAUAUCAUUACAAAAAUAUCUCUAUGCUGGAAAGAUUGGAAAGUAAUUUUGCAAAUUAAAGUUGAACUGAUAGGAUAUUUUUAUAAACAGCUGCAAAACCUUCGCAAUCAUUGAUAUCUUGCUCUCCCUUUGAACUGCCUGUCCAAUAUAUCACUUGGGGUUAGAUCACACCAAUAGACAAUAGGUGCAGGAGUAAGCCA